UGAUGCAUGCCGACGGCAAUGUUUUUAGCACUGGGGCAAUAUAUCGACACAUAUCGUGUUGACAACGUUGAGUCAUAGCGUGUCUAAAGCCUUAAUGCAGUCGGGCUCUUCUCACCGGAAAACUGAUCCAGUACUGGUGCCGUCAUUAUGUGCGCCGGUGUAGCGUGUGUUCUCAUAAAUUCAAGUUACGUUGACUGAGUAAAUAUGACGCGAUGUGAGUUUUCUCGCCAUAGCACAGAAAUUGUCAAUAUUCCAAAUUUUCACUGAAGCGCAGCACACACCUUGGGAAAGAGAUCAGUGACCCAAAUUGGCGUAACGGAGGUUCAUCGAAGAGGGGCGCAUAUUUAUUGACACAAUUCGGUCCAACGGUUCAUUCUGAAGCAGGUUUCCACAGCAGAGCAGCCCUCUGCUCGAUGUAUUUGAUUAUGCACUACCCAAUAACGUAAGAAGGCGUGAAUGAAGUUAGCCGAGGACAAACAUAAAAGCAAAUGUGCAAAAAACUUCGUAAAAUUCCGCAGGAAUGCUAAUUGUAUUAUCAGCUGUGAAGUUACGAAUAAUCUCCGUGAGUAACUUAUUAGAAAGGGAAGUGAAAAACUAAGAGCGUUGCUUUCAUCAAUAGCAAACAUGUUACUCGUGUUCUAGUAAUUUUUGUACUAAGAGGUAAGAAUUAAAUUACCAAAUGAGAAAAUUUGGUACCACUGCCAAUGUAUUUGGUUUUGUUACUGGAUUAUACAAGAUCAUGAAACAGUGGAAAGAUGGAAGGGUGUUGUGAAAAUAUUUGGAGAGAUCACAUUUAUUCAAAUUUCCUGCAAUGAUCCUACAAGCUUUUAAAGUAUUUAUGAGGAAACUAUGCCUCAGAAAGUCGCGUGUCUAGAAGACGUCUGUUGAACUCCCUGAAAACUGCCAGCACUUCAGAUAGGCCACUUGUGUAGGCAAUAGAACGAUUUUCAUAAGCUUUAUUUGGUCUAGCUGUGCUUCCGAUUUGAGUACGGUUUACUGCACGAGCAUAAACAUGGAGCAACGAUAAAUUAUGACUCGUCUCGGUCAUAAAAAUACACAUUACACGUGGUUGCACGUUACAUUGAAUUGAAAUAACGGCAGUGGUUCACCUAAAAUUUACUUUAAAAGCAUUUAUUUAUUUGCGCUGUGAACGAUUUCGUUCGCAUACAUUUCAAUAUGUGCGUCGAAUCGGCAUACCUCUGCACGCGUUCUUCAGCUUUGAUCGAUCGCUUUUUAACACAGAUCAGCAAGAAACAAAAUCCAGUGAUAUUAGCUUCCUUUAGCCAGAAACAAGAUGAACUGACUAAGUGUUCCAGUGGCGACAUGUUCAUGCGGUCAACAGCCUUACAUCGUGUUCACAUAACGUCCUUUCCAGCACUCCAAAUAUAACGCAUGAACAGGGCUAAGUUAUUUUUUCUCAUUUGCUUUUUUAGGUUAAAUACGCGUGCACAGUUAGCCACAGAUCACUCGCAAAACAAUUCUGAUUACAUGAAUUCAUAUUGGAAAAAUUUUCGUUUUAGGGAGUCCUCCAUAUAUUAUGCUACCUUCUCAAACUACAGUUUUUUUUUCGGCGGGGAUUCCAUUCACGCUUACGUACUGUGAAACAUACAUUAUGUUUUAGCUUCUUAAACAGUUCAUUCUAUAUAUUCAUGUUCUCAGUCGUAAUUAAAAUGCGUUUCCCGUUCUAGCGUUACAUAUGCAAGUUAGGUCAGUAAAUGUAGCCAUUGAAUGUGGCACGUAAUUGCUAUACCUAUCAUCUCUUAAACACUGCACUUCAAGCGACUUUCAUAUCGAUAUCUACAAUACAAGCGAGAAGUAUUACUGUUCUUACAAAAGGAAAUAAAAUGUUUAAGGAAAGUGGUGCCAUAUAAUUAGGUGCCGCUAGUGAAGGAACAGAAAACAUUGCUUUUCACUAUUAGGAAGUGGCGUGCUUAAGUCAUCAUACGCGCUUUGGUCGACUACCAGUUGACGGACUUUGUUUCAGUGGCGGUCGGAGCAUUUUAAUGCACGGGACCUGGGAAAAGGCGUCGUACUACUAAACCAUAAUUAAUGUCACUCUUGUGCGAUUGCUAUAAUCUUCUUUCAGGUAGCAGGAAAAUGCCAAUGAUCGGAGAAAAUGUUACCAUGGAUGCAUACGUCGUGUACGAUGAUACAUAUAUGUCAAGCUCUGACGAUAAGCUGUACGCCAACAACUUAUUUAAAGAGGUUGAAUCGUAUCUUCACAACCACUCAAUAAUGAUAAAUAUUACCGUUAAGGAAACUCUUACGAGUCAUAAUCUGACUGUUUAUUUUGAACCUAACAAAUCGGUAGACGGCCAUCGCACAUUGGAAAACCUCACAAAAUACGGAGAGUCUAUGCAAAAGGCCAAUAACUCCAUCUUUUUUCUAUUUUAUUGGGCAAGAAAUCCUAAGGAUGUGAAAACAGCUGAUCUAAUAGAUCACAUUCAAUCUCCUGGCUCACAUCGCUUGGGUGUAUCGGAGGUUUCCACGACAAACUCCUUCUGCACGAAAAACACGAGUGCUGCUGUCAUAAGACAUAGACCCGAAAGCAGAAAUUUUUGGAGCACAGCGGAGGCCAUAUUGAAUACCUUCGGAUCGCAACAUUUCAUCUAUUUCACUGAUGAUGACUGGAGGAACAUGAAUGAAACCUUCUCGAGAUGCCCCCACAAAGAAGAGCUUGGAGAUUUUCCAAAAUGUUGAGCACAGUGGGGCUGACAGCCACACAGCGACACAUCUUUUAAUUUUCCUCUGUUAAAUCUUGAAAAACAAGAUGCAAUAAAAAUGAAUAAUCUGAUAUGUGGAAAUAAAGUUGGAUAAAUGGUUGUUUUAGGUGAACAUAUUUUAUGCAUGCCGCUGCGGCAUAUGCAGAGUUCUGAUAUUCUUCCUGAUCAUUUUUCUCAUUAAAAGCAUUUUUUUAAAUAUA